AAAAAACAAAAACAUACGAGCGGUAAAAUGAUUGACACGUCAUUUAACUAAUCUGAUUAGUGUUUCGGGGCGAGCUGGCUGCUGAGUGCACCAAUAAGAACAUUUCAAUCGGGCAACGCGAUAAUCAGGAAGUUAUUUAAAGACGACGACAUGCUCGUUUGUUUAGAUAUCCGCUUGCUGGAGGACGGCUGAAACCACAGAGGAGAUGCGUGAUUAACUUUGAAGUAAACUUUAUCUGAGGGACACUUGUCGUUAUUUUUCCCCGCCUAACCAAGAUGUUCAUGUGUGUCCGAGUAUGGCUUCUCCUCCUGGGUCUUCACGCACUGGCUCCUGCUGCUGGGGCAAGGAGAGGGAGGAGAAAUGUCCUUUUCAUCAUGGCAGAUGAUCUGCGGACGUCAUUAGGCUGUUAUGGGGACUCUGUGGUAAAAUCGCCAAACAUUGAUCAACUGGCAUCCAAAAGCCAAGUUUUUCUCAAUACAUAUGCACAGCAAGCUGUGUGUGCUCCCAGCCGAACAUCCAUGUUAACUAGUCGGAGACCAGACACGACCAGGCUCUAUGACUUCAAUUCCUAUUGGAGAACACAUUCUGGAAACUACACGACCCUGCCACAGCACUUUAAAUCUAAUGGAUACUUUACCAUGUCUGUGGGCAAAGUAUUUCAUCCGGGUAUUGCCUCUAAUCACAGUGAUGACUACCCCUACAGCUGGUCCAUCCCUGCCUACCACCCAGCUUCAUUUAGAUUUGAAAAACAAAAGAUGUGUAAAGGAGAGGAUGGUAAACUCCACGCCAACUUACUGUGUGCAGUGAACGUCACAGAGCAGCCUGGGGGAACCCUCCCUGACCUGGAGAGCACAGACGAGGCAGUAAGGUUACUGAAGAGUCGGGCCAACAAUGAUGUUCCUUUCUUCUUGGCUGUGGGCUUUCACAAACCACAUAUACCCUUCAGGAUACCACAGGAAUACCUGAGUCUAUAUCCCAUAGACCAAAUGACUCUGGCCCCUGAUCCCAAUGUCCCUACACUUCUACCACCUGUGGCCUACAACCCCUGGACGGACGUAAGGAGGAGAGAUGAUGUCCAAAAGCUCAACAUUAGCUUUCCCUAUGGACCAAUUCCUAAAGACUUUCAGCUGCGUAUCCGUCAGCACUAUUACGCUGCUGUAUCUUACAUGGAUGCUCAGGUUGGACAGCUGCUCAGUACCCUUGAUGAGCUGGGGCUGGCUGAGAGCACAAUGGUGGUGUUCACUUCAGAUCAUGGUUGGUCGUUAGGAGAACAUGGCGAAUGGGCUAAAUAUUCUAAUUUUGAUGUGUCAACACGUGUCCCACUUAUCUUCUACAUUCCUGGGGUCACCACUCGCCGUCAUAGGCUGGGAGAGUCUACCUUUCCUUUUAUUGAUGCCCUCACCCAGUCAGAGCUCAUCUUUAAGAAUGACAAAGUUACAAGGAACAUGGUGGAGCUGGUGGAUGUUUUCCCUACUGUGUCCUACAUGGCUGGCCUCCGAGCACCAAAACCUUGUCCUGACAUUUCUUUCCAGGAGGAGUUGUGUACAGAAGGAGACAACCUGGCCUACACCUUCCGACACAGAGAAAGAGGAGUGGAUGAGGAAGACAUAGCCUUCAGCCAGUACCCUCGACCUGCUGAGACACCACAGGAGAACUCUGACCUCCCUGACCUUAAUGACAUAAGGAUCAUGGGUUACUCUCUACGCUCCUGGGACUAUAGAUACACUCUCUGGCUGGGAUUCAACCCCAAAACAUUUCAGGUGAAUGUCUCAGAUGUCCAUGCUGGAGAGUUGUACAUGUUAGCAACUGACCCAGGUCAGGAUAAGAACCUCUUCAGUGACUCUGAGCACAGCGUGAUGAUGAGAAAGUUACCCAGUCUGCCUCUUACUGUGAGUCUGCAGAUGAAAAUGAGGCUGCAGCUCCUCUACCUCUCAGCAGGGAUGAAAACGAGUAGAAGGAAGGCGUGAUGACGAGAAUAACACACAACAGAUGGACGGAUGGAGACAAGUACAAAGGGAUGAUGGAUGGAUGAAAAACUUUAUCUAGAAAGGGAGAAUACCUUGAAUGUUUCUUUUAAUAUAAUGCAGACUUGAUUUAGUGUUAUGUGCCAUCACUAUUAAUCUUUCAGGCUCAGUUCUUCAGGCUAAUGUUCCUUGUUAAGAACUCAUUGGCAGGCACAUUUUGGUUCAACACAUGAGCAAAGUGAAUAACAAAGCACUUACGCUGUUUCUUUUCAGGAGUUUGUUUUGCUCAGAGAAACAUCCAUAUGUGUGCAGAAACUUCUGAUUGGUUUGUCUUGCUGCUGCUAAACUCAGCUUCCAGUGUUUUCCUUGAUGUCUGUGAAAACUUGAUUCACCUGUGAAAAGGUGUAAUUCUAAUUUUGCAUGACUCCAAUUUUAGCAGCCAGUAGACAGAGUUCAGAUUAUUAAUAGAGUUGUUGACAUUUUGAGAAAUAGACUUGUUGCCUUUCUUUCGGAGAGUUGGAUGAGGAGAUCAAUACCAUCUGGGUCGGUUCACCCCAACAUCAAAACCAAGUAUUUUUUCUGUCACCUAUAGUGCUCUUCAUCAAUCUGAAUUGAUUGUUGGAGAUAUCGGCCAUAGAGAUGUCUGCUUUCUCUCCAUUAUAAUAGAACUAGGUGGCACUUGACUUGUGGUGCUCAAAGCAUCAAAAAAAUAGAAAGACUCAACAGCAAUGUCUUUUGCCAGAAAGCAUGACCUGGUUAUGCACGAUAAUCCACAGACCUUGAUGUGAGCAGUUUCAUGUAAAAUUCAUGAAAUAUUUUCUAUCUACCAAACUACAUACACCAACUGUAUCGACCCGCAGAAGGAAGCGUGAAUCUACUCAUGGAUGAGAGGCUUGUGCACAUGACAGUGUGAGAUGUAAACAUAAUUUUAGGUGGCUCAGUGGUGCUAGAUGAGCUGCAAAAGAUUCACGCCUCCUUCUGCGGGGUGAUACAGUUGGUGGACGUAGUUUGGUAGACAGAAAGAAGUUCUACAUUAAAUUGCUCACAAGAAGGUCUGUGGAUUAUCUUUAGUAACCAGGUCAUGAUCUCUGGAAAGAGACAUUGCUGUUGAGUUUUUUCACAUGUAUUUUCCAGGUACUUUGAGCACCACAAGCUGAGUGCCAUCUAGUUCCAUUAUAUUAUAGAGGAGGCAGACAUCUCUAUGGCCGAUAUGUCCAACACUCGGCAACUCGCACCAAAACAAUUAAGACUGGAAAAACAGCACCACAGUAAGAGGAAGAAUAUGUAUUUUUGAUUUUGAGGUGAACUGUCCCUUUAACAUGUCUAAAUUACCCUGCACAGAUGUCUGAACAGCUCAACAAGUGAACCUUAAUUUAGGAAACUCCACUGUCAGCAUGAACUCUGAUUGUGACGGACACUUGUGAUUGGCUAUGACAGUACUGCCUUCUCCAUGAAAAUGAUUACAUCACAUUUUACAAGCCGUUAUCUGCUUAGUCUUUUCAUCUGGAGGAAUAUUGAGGGAACCUGAAGAAUUAGCCCUUUUGAUUAAUAGCGACACCAGUUUCUCUUUUUUGGAGCAAGAGCUCGUCAGUGUUCUAUUGAUCAUCCAGUCAGCCUCAGGUGUCGUCUCUUCGCUUUGAAGUAAAACAGCUAAAAGGGACUCUCAGUUUUGUACUGUAGUGUUAAACAAUAUGACAUUUCUAUUUGCACUUGAUGUCACUUGCAGCUAUUUGCCUCCCUCCUUGUAAACAGUCAGUUCAGAUCAAUUUGUGGACCCAAAAUGAAGUGAGUAAAAGCCACCCAUAAUAAUUCAAUGCAAAUGAAACAGACUGGAGCUACAUUUUACUGCUGUUCCAAUGCAUGAGCAUUUUGCGCUGUGGCAAUUUAGAAGAAAGCAAUUUCAGCUUGAAUUUCAGGUCCAACAAUGAAUGGAGGGGAUUCGGUCUGUCAACUUUUAUUGUAGGCUGCACUGGCUUCAUGUUAAUGGGAUGCAGAUGAAUCAUGUAAUCAAUGUGGCUCUAUCAUAUGUCAGGGAAAUUCUUAAGAUGGAAUUGAAUUAGCUCAUUUUUGUUGUAUUUCUUCCCCUGGUGACCUCAGUUUAGUGCUUUAAGUGUUUUGCAGGUGGUUCCUCUAACAAUGGGUAUAAGCAGUAAUAUAAACUGUCCUUACAGACACUUAAUAACAAUGGAAAAAUGAGCUUAUCCUUGAGUUAGGUUGCGUCAGAGCAGCUUCGAGCCUGAGCUCCAGUUUUCUGAGGGGAAAAUAAAAAAUAAAUGCUGCAGAAAUAAUUCAAAUCUCAAGCUUGGCAAGGACAUGCUGUUAAUAUAUUUAUGUCUGAUUCAAUAAGUUUGUUAAAAAAUAAUAAAUAGAAUA